UACAAAAAUAACAACAAUAAACAAAACAUUUUUGGAAUAAAUUUUAAGAUUUUAUAUAAGAAAUUUUUUUUCGAACAAUAUAACUAUAAAUAAUGCCUCGUAAUCCAAAUGCCGAAAGAGAUAAUCCUUGUUUAAAAGAGCAAGAACUAUCCUACAAGUGUUUGAGUAAAAACAAUUAUGAUAGAGAAGCCUGUGAGGUGUAUUUUGCCAAUUAUAAAAAUUGCAAAGAUUUCUGGCACAAAAUACGUUCCGAUCGUAGAGCUAAAGGUAUAGCGCCCUAUUUGCCGCCCGUGGAGGAAAGAGAAGCUAUUAAGGCGGAGUAUAUGAAAACUAAACCUAAAGCUAAUUAGAACUGAUAAGAUUUAUGAUAGUCAUUUUAGAUUUAUUGUAAAUAAAUAACAUUUUUGUACAGAAACUUAAAUUUGAAA